UUUCUCGCGGCAUAAUAUAAAGGCGCAUGCUCAAAUUUGACAAGUAAUUUGAACUUUCACCCGGACGGCCGCUAGCGAACCGAUCGUUUUUUCAGGUAGAAUUGUCUCAUCAACACAUUUAUCAAGAUGGCCGAUUACAGCGUAGUGAACGUUAUGAGUACGAACCAGACCACAGACAACCUCAGCCGCGCCGACAUGCUGCUGUGGGUCAACCAGUCCCUCAAUUUGAAAUACACAAAAAUUGAAGAAAUGUGCUCAGGCGCAGCCUACGCCCAGUUCCUGGACUUGCUCUUCCCCACAGCACUAAUCAGCUUGAAAAAGGUCAAGUUCAACUCCAAACUGGAGCACGAAUACAUCCAAAACUGGAAGUACGUCCAGGGCUGCUUCAAGAAAAUCGGCAUCGACAAGGUUAUACCCAUAGACAGACUCAUCAAGGGCAGAUUUCAGGACAACUUUGAGUUCAUCCAGUGGUUCAAGAAGUUCUUUGAGGCCAACUACCAGGGCGGGGAGUACGACCCCAUCUCGGCCCGGCAGGGCGUCAAAGUCAGCACGGGGUCGGGGCCCGUCAAGAAAACUGCUCCCACGCAACGAGCAGCACAUUUAGACCAUGUUGCAGCGGAAUCUCCCAAAAAGCUAAAGCCAGUGGUCGCAGUAGAACCCAGGGCAGCCAGGCCACCAGCCCAGAGGGUGGGCGCCGCGGGAGCGACGAGAAACAACAACCAAGCUGCCAGGGAGAAUGUGGAAGUUGCCGAGUUGAAACUCAAGGUGAACGAGACGGAAAUUGCGAUAGCCAGCUUAGAAAAGGAGAGGGACUUCUACUUUGAGAAGUUGAGGAACAUUGAAGUCAUCUGCCAAGAGCCCGAAAAUAAAGACAACGAUGGAAUCUCGAGAAUACUGGAAAUCCUCUACGCUACCGAGGACGGCUUUGCCCCUCCCGAGGACUUUGAGGAAGACACCGUUAGCGAUCCGGGCAGCUAUGACGAUCACAUCGAGCAAUACUAGGGGGAUGGUUUUGAGGCGCCGGAGGGCGAAGGAGGAGAGGAGGAGGAACAGGCGUUUCCGGGAGAGGAAGGCCUCAUUGAUGAUG